GAAAAAAAUUAAAAUAAUAAAUAUCUCAUUUUUAUAUAAAUCUCUGCAAAUCGAGCGAUGGGGGUGCCGGUGCCGGUGACGGAUCCGAUGACUCAACUGAAAUUACCUCCCGGAUUCCGGUUUUACCCUACCGACGAAGAGCUUAUGGUGAAGUACCUUUGCCGGAAAGUCGCCGGACAUGAUUUUGCGCUUCAGAUCAUCGGAGAUGUUGAUUUGUAUAAGUUUGAUCCAUGGGAGUUACCGAGUAAGGCGAUGUUUGGGGAGAAAGAAUGGUACUUUUUUAGCCCUAGAGAUCGAAAGUAUCCAAAUGGGUCACGACCCAAUAGAGUUGCCGGGUCGGGUUACUGGAAAGCCACCGGAACUGAUAAAGUGAUCAUAUCGGAAGGACGGAAGGUUGGAAUUAAGAAAGCUUUGGUGUUUUACGUUGGAAAAGCUCCGAAAGGAUCGAAGACUAAUUGGAUCAUGCAUGAAUACAGGCUUUCGGAGCCUCCGAAAAAAAAUAAUAGCUCCAGGUUGGAUGAUUGGGUGCUUUGUCGGAUUUACAAGAAGAAUUCCGCCGCCGAGAAAACAAUAUCCGGUGGUCCAAGCACAGACCAGAGCCAUAACUCCUCUUCUUCAUCGUCUUCCCAGUUUGACGAUGUUCUCGAUUCACUUCCGGCGAUUGACGACAAGUUCCUGAACUUUCCGGCGAACAACACCAUGAAGUCGUUUCAAGAAGAAGAUCAGAAGGUCGAUGUUCAAAGAUACGAUUACGGUAACUACGAGUGGACGACAAAUGUAACCGUAUUCGGAUCACAAGAUGGAAUCAACAACAACAAUCCGCCAAAUGCAAUCCCCAUUGAUCCAACAUUCAACAUGCACAUGAAAUACGGUCGAUCGCCGGAAUCCGAAGCGGUAACCGGAAUCAGAAGUCAGAGAAUGGAGAACUCCGGUUACUUUUUUUCACAGAGCUUAAUGAACACAACCGACCCAUUUGCUAUCCGGUACCCGACCCAACCGAGUAGCUCCGGGUAUAGGCUGUGAAAAUGAAAUGAAAUGAAAAAACAGAGAUGUUAAUAAGUAGAGGGGUGGGAAUGUAAAUAGGUGAUUCCUUGGGGGGUUGGAAUGUAAGAUUUUAGGAGUUUGGUGGGAAAAUAGACAUGGGUUUGGGUUAGGUGCACCAUGAACCCAAAAGUCAAAGUUGAAUGUAGACGUAGUCAAAGGGUUUUUGGUUAGGAUGCGUUCAAUGUAGAUAGUAGAGAAAACAAUCUUUGGUUGCUUGAAAUUUCAAUUAAUGUCUAGUUCU